AUGCACAACAAGACACACGCACACAUAUAUUUGGUCGCAUUAAACCCACUUAAGAACACCACAGCGGUGUACUCUGUGGACAAUGAGGAGCAGACAGGUGCUUUUUUGGAGUUUGUGGUGCCCCGGGACCUUGCUGAUGGCUUCGUUAACAACAAGAGGGAGUGCUACAAGUUCAGGUUCCUAAAGGUGUUUGAUCAAGCUGUCAAACAAGAAGAGAUAUUUGAAAACAUUGCCAAACCAGUUGCAGACAGUGUGUUGGCUGGUUAUAAUGGCACCAUAUUUGCCUAUGGCCAGACGGGCAGUGGGAAGACAUUUACCAUCACAGGAGGAGCCGAGCGCUACAGUGAUCGUGGCAUUAUUCCCCGCACCCUGUCCUACCUGUAUCAACGCUUCACCCAGGACAGCAGCAUGGUUUAUACGACACACGUCUCCUACUUGGAGAUCUACAAUGAGAUGGGAUAUGAUCUUCUGGAUUCCCGACAUGAAGCAUCUCGACUGGAGGACUUACCGAAGGUCCAGAUCAUGGAAGAUCCAGCCCAGAACAUCCAUCUCAGGAACCUGUCACUGCAACAGUCAGCAAAUGAGGAGGAGGCUCUGAAUCUGCUCUUCCUGGGAGACACCAAUCGUAUGAUUGCGGAGACUCCGAUGAACCAGGCAUCCACACGUUCCCACUGUAUUUUCACUGUGCACUUGUGUAGACGUGAGCCGGGCUCGGCCACCCUGCGGCGCUCCAAGCUCCACCUGGUGGACUUGGCCGGAUCGGAUAGAGUUGGAAAGACUGGCCUGAAUGGGCAGCUGCUCACUGAGGCCAAGUACAUCAACCUCUCCCUCCACUACUUGGAGCAGGUGAUCAUUGCUUUGUCAGAGAAGAACCGCUCCCAUAUUCCCUACAGGAACUCCAUGUUGACUUCUGUGUUGAGGGACAGCCUUGGGGGCAACUGCAUGACGACCAUGAUCGCCACCAUGGCAGUGGACAAGAGGAACCUUGAUGAGUCUAUCUCUACGUGUCGCUUUGCUCAGCGCGUGGCUCUCAUCAAGAACGAGGCAAUAUUGAAUGAAGAACUGGAUCCUGCCCUGCUAAUAGCCCGUUUGAAGAGAGAGAUCCAGUCUCUGAAGGAAGAGCUGGCCAUGGUGACAGGAGAACAGAGAGAUGAGCAGCUUACAGUGGAGGAGAUCCAGAGGUUGGAAGAGUUAGUCAAGGCCUUUCUGGAUGACCCUGAUCCAGACGUGACACUGUCAUUGGGACCAGACAUGAGAAAAAUUCAGUUCUGUUUCUCCCUGCUGAAGCUGAUGAUCAUGGACAAACAAGGUGGAGAAAAUGGGCACGGUGAUGUGCAAGCAUCACCAACAGCAACAGGGAGGGAAGAGGCCAUUCAAGACAGCCACCACUGUGCAGCACAAGUGACCAAAUUAAAGGAGAUGAUGACGCAGCGUGAUAAUGAGAUCAGUAUCCUUGUUAAGAUGUUGAAGAAGGAGAAAAAAAGGGCCCAGGAUGCUGCUGCUCAGCUUGCUAACGUCUCCAAUGACCACUCUGAGAGGCCAAACUCCCAGAGUGCCUCAGGAUUGUCAACAAUGCCAUUGUUGAGGGAAGGAAGCACGCACAGCAUCUCAGCCGACUAUGGAGGGCGAGCUUUACAGCACAUGAAUAGAGGUCCACAGCUGUCGAUGGGAAAGCAAGAGGCCUUUGAGACCUUUAUGAGGGACCAUGAAGACCAUCUGACCAUUGAAGACAACAAGAAGCUGCUCAAACAGAGGUCAACUGAGGCCAGAAGAAUUGGGGAGGAACUGAAUGAGGCUAGAAACAGAAUAAAUGAGUUGAAGAAGCAGUUGGAGGUGCAGAGGAGGCAAAGGGCAGCUCAUGCUGUGAUGGGGAAUCGCCAAGAGGUUGAGGAGGAUUUCUACCCGGUGGAAGAAAACCUGUGCAAACACAUCGAGCUAGAAAAAAAAGCUUACAAAAGUACCAUUGGCCGUCUAAAAGCGUUGAGGACAGAGAUUGAGCACCUGCAGCUGUUGUUGGAGAGGGCGAAGGUCAAGCUCCAAAAAGACUUCCAUAAGUGGUGGAACCAGGAGGCUUCCAGCGUGCAGGAGUCAGAGGCCACAGCCAGAUGUCACACAGGAUCGCCUACUGGAACCUUGCAGCCGUCUUCACCUAGCACUCCAGGAUUUAGGGCCCUUUCCAGUACAAAGCUCUCAUCCUCCUCUAUCCCCCUGACUGGAGACCAACAGGCUGAUGCUGACAUCCUGGCCUUUGUUAGAGCCAGGCAAAACCUCCUCAACAGGAAAGGCCCACCUCAGUAAAAACCUGAUGUUCUGAUGAAGGUAUGAAGUUACAACCUUCAACAUCUGUCCUAAAACGUGUAUUAGACAUUAUCAAGUAUAGAUGAACGACAAAACAUACUAGACCUGUCUACCAAACACGAGCCACUCAUCCUGUCUGAUGUUUACAUGCAUACACACACUUGUUGGCCUCCUGGAAAGUAUGCCUGUGAUAUAAUGGGCAGCAGUAUAAAUCACAGCCUGCGCCGGCCUUUUGAUCUGAGCAAAUGUUGUCUCAAGAUACCAGAGGAAGCAGCGGACAAGAGGAAACCAGUUGGCUCCAGUAUGUUUAAAGAAGAAAUGAAUCAUGACUUCUUAAAUGGUCACAGGAAGUUUCACAUGCAUUUCAUAUUAUUCUAAGUUUAACACAUUUUGUAUAACAUGUUGUACAUAAUAUUAUGUAAUAUAUGUACAGUAUAUAUUCUGUUAAAGAAAAUUGAAAACAAUAUCAAAUAAAAACAAUGAAUGUACAUGAUGAUGCAGUAUUUAGUAUGACAAACAUGCAGCACAGGUUCAGUUGUUUGCUCCCUGCUUUCUAUGGGAAGCUGCUUCUCAUGUUGGUGAACAUCGUGAGCUAUGAAAUAGUCACAUUUGGUGUUUUCUUUUAUCAUUGCUGUUCAUUACU